AUGGGAUACUGCCACCCAAGCAAGGAUGCGCACCCACUCCCAGGGGCCCCAGACAGCAGCAAGGCACAGAGAUCCCCACUGCACCCAGGCGAGUCCCUGGCUCCCCAGCCCAACGCCUUAGACAAGCCACCUCCCUUCCACCCCAGGGCAGCCACUGGUCAGCACCGUGCAGAUCAGCCUCUGCUCAACCCCAGGGAGAACCCCACCCUAGUGGUCCACCAGAGCCUCCCUGGGGACACUGCAGGGGAUGAAGACCUCUCUAGCUCCGAGAGCCGGAACCCCAGCUACUUCCGUUCCCGGCGGCCCCGAGACCGGAAGCGGAAGUGCGCGCGGAGGCGGGGGGCGGCGGGUUUGCGGGCUGCGCGGCGCGCUGCGGAGGGAGUGUCUACGGCCGGUCUGCAGUCCGGGGGCCGGCGUGAGGCCCGCAUAGCAAGGGCCUCGCAUCUGGGCGCCUACCGCCCGGUCCCUCGCUCUCGGGUACCCCCGGUCUGGGAAGACAGAGUGGGCCCCUCCAGGGCCAUCCCAGCCAUCCUGGAAUCAGUCACCUUUGAGGAUGUGCCCGUGGGGCUCCUCCAGGAGUGGGCGUUGCUGGACGGUGCGUGGAGGAACCUGUGCAGAUACGUGAUACUGGACAACUGCAGGACCCUGGCCUCCAGGGAUAAGUCUCCCAGCUGGGGCCAAGAGCAGAGCCAAGGGCAGCAGAACGAGGGAUUCUCCAGGUCAUGGGUGCAGGGGCCGGGGCUGUUCCCGAGUAUGCAGAUCGGGCCCUCCAUGGGAGAGAGGGGGACACCAUGGCCUCAAGAAGACCGGCCAGCUCUCCAGGCAUCUCCUUGGUCCCCGGGAUGGACAGGACUGAAGGUGGCUGUGUAGAUUCAGAGGAUGGUGACGCUGGUGCCCAUGCUGGGCCACCCUGACCCGUGGGUGGCCGGGGCAUCUGCUCUGCCUGCGGUGGGCCCCGCCUGGCUCCAGGAGGACAGCGCACAGGAAGAAGCCGUGGCUCCUGGGUUGCUGACCACCUGUUCACAGGAACCAGUCACCUUUGCAGAUGUGGCUGUGGUGUUCACCCCAGAAGAAUGGUUGUUCCUGGACUCUGCUCAGAGGAGCCUGUACAGAGACGUGAUGCUGGAGAACUACAGGAACCUGGCCUCCGUGGGAGAUCAACUUUGCAAAUCCUGUACAUUGUCCCAUUUGGAGCAAAAAGAAGAACGGUGGACCAAAGAGGGAGGAGAUGUCUCAGACAGCUGUCCAGAACCUCAGCUUCAACCCAGAGAGUCAAUUCCUGGUGAAGAUAUUUUUGUGGAGAUUCUGUCCGUUGGCAUGAAAAGGAUAAGGUUCACCAGGGGGGAGCAACCUCAGCCUGGAGAAAAACUUAAAUAUAAUGAACUUGAGAAAUGUUUUAAUAGCAUCAAACCACUUUUCCAGUGCCAGAGAAUUCAUGUGGGAGAGGCCCCCUACGAAUGUCAAGAGAGUGUAAAUUCCUUCUUCCAGAGCACUCACCUAAUCAUGCCUGAGAAAAUCCAGGGAGAUAAAACCUAUGCAUGUAACCAAUGUGAAAAAUCCUUCAGAUACAGCUCUGACCUCAUCAGGCAUGAGAAGAUUCGUAGCGCAGAGAACUGCUUUGAAUGUCAAGAAUGUGAAGCCUUCAAGUAUUCCUCGAACGUGCAGCAACACUUGAGAACCCAUACUGGAGAGAAGCCCUUCGAAUAUAGCCAGUGUGGGAAAACCUUCACGAGGAACUUUAACCUGAUUUUGCACCAGAGAAACCACACAGGAGAGAGGCCCUAUGAGUGUAAGGAUUGCGGGAAGGCGUUAAAUCAGCCGUCACCCCUCAGGAGCCAUGUGAGAACUCACACGGGAGAGAAGCCCUUCAAGUGCAGCCAGUGUGGGAAAGCCUUCAGAGAACACUCGUCAAUGAAAGCCCACCCGCAGACCCCCACCAGAGAGAAACCGUACGAAUGCAACCAGUGCGGCAAGCCCUUCUGGACAAGCAGUCACCUGAAUGUGCACAAGAGGAUAUACAUGCGGGAGAAACUGUACGAGUGCGGGACUUGUGGUCAGGUCUUGAGUCAUCUCUGGACCCUGAAGAGUCACAUGAGAACUCACACCAGAGAGAAGCCCUACGCAUGCCAGGAAUGCGGGCAAGCCUUCAGUGAGCCCUCCUCCCUCAAAAAACAUGCGAGGACUCACAGUGACCAGAAGCCGGAAUGUGGGCGGGCGUUUGGUCAGUCUUCACACCUCAUUGUGCACGUGAGAACACACACUGCGGGGAGACCCUAUCAGUGUAAUCAGUGUGAUAAAGCCUUCAGACACAGCUCCUCACUCACUGUGCACAAAAGGACCCACAUGGGGAGAGAGAACAUUAGGAAUGGUGGCCUGCCUAUACCAGUGUCUCAUUCCUAUGGUGGGCCCCUUGCUAAUUAACUUCCAGUUUGUAGAAAUAUAAACAUUUGGGGCUAUCACUGUUCCUCAUAAUGCUCCUUUAGCAGCAUCCUAUGUUUUGAUGUAUAAUGUUUUCAUUUUGGUUUAAUCCUAAGUAUUGUCUUAACUUUCAUUAUCACUUUUUCUUUGACCCAUGUGUUACUUGGAAUUAGAUUUUUCAAUGCCAGUACAUGGAUGUAUUUUCAGAAAGGUAUAAUGAUAUAGUGAAAUGCACACAUUUUAAGCGUACGGUUGGAUGAAUUGGACAUAUGCAUGCAUGUAUGUAACCAAUACCCCAUUCCAGACACAGAAUGUUUCUGUCAUUCUGGAAGGUUCCUGCAUGUUAUGUGGCUGUUUCUUAGUUGCCUUUCUGUUUUUGGUUUCUAAUUUAAUUACAUGGUGAGCAGAGUAUGUAGCCCUUAUGUUAUUGAAUCUUAGGUAUUUGUUGAGGUUUACUGUUAGGUCUGGUGUGGCUUAUCCUGCUGGUUGCCAACCAAAAUUGCCCCCUCUCCCUUAGAACAGAACCUGGGUUUUUUGUUCAGGUCGGUAAUGUGGACUAUUCAAACACCUCCAUCUCCUACCGCUUCUUGCAGCAAGGGCAGGAGGCCAUGUGCCCCAGUCCUGGCAAGCCUAAAUAUGGGAAAUCACUGGGUAUGCCUCCAUGGAAAGAUGCUGCACAGAAAUGGGUUCAUUUACCCAGAUCUCCUCUUACCUUUUGGACAAGCAGACACUAUGUGCAAACCCAGAGAAACCAUCCUGUGGCCAGGAGAGUAAAAGCCACAGGUAAGGAGAGUGUGGCCAGAAAUCACAACCAUCCUGGUUCUCUAACCCAAAAAAUAGUUAUAAUAUAUUUGUAGAGUUGGCAUCUUUGUGUAACUGCACCAGCCCUGGACUAUUUAUUUCUGGAUGUCCCGUUACAUGAAAAAAAUGCAUUUCUUACUGGUAUUAGACAUUUUUUUUGAGUAGGGGGUGGGUUUAUUUCAACCAAAUGCAAUCCCUGAUGCAUUUAGCAUAUGCCAAUUUUUAAUAAAUGCUUUGUGGGUGGUUGAAAUCAGUGUGUGGUAUUCUAUGUACAUCCACUAGGUCGAGCAUAUCGUGUUUGUGUUUAUACACAUUUAUAACUAUUGGU